AAUGAAAUGUAUGUUUCCCGUUAUGUUCAAUAAACAAAAUCGAUUGUGUAUUUUCCAUGUGCCAAUGUGAUCACCCUCAACGAGAACGAGGCUUGUGAAAGCCAGAAUCAGGAAGGAGAAAAUUCGCUGUUGGAAAAAAGACGAAAGGAUCCAAAAAACCCCACCAUGCCUCAGAACGAGCAUAUAGAACUGCACAGGAAGAGACAUGGGUACCGACUGGAUUACCAUGAAAGAAAACGCAAAAAAGAAGCUCGGAGGCCUCAUGAGAUGGCAGAGAAGGCCAAGAAACUCAAAGGACUCAAGGCAAAACUGUACAACAAGAAGAGACAUGCUGAGAAGGUACAGAUGAAGAAAACGUUGAAGAUGCAUGAAGAGAGGAAGACAAAAGAGCGUAAGGAUGACAAGGUUCCCCAGGGAGCUGUCCCUGCAUACCUGCUGGACCGGGAGGGUCAGUCUCGUGCCAAGGUUCUCUCCAACAUGAUCAAGCAGAAGAGGAAAGAAAAAGCGGGAAAGUGGGAGGUGCCUCUGCCCAAGGUACGAGCCCAGUCAGAAGCAGAGGUCUUCAGGGUCGUCAAAACAGGCAAAUCUAAAAAAAAAGCCUGGAAACGUAUGGUCACCAAGGUAACAUACGUGGGAGAGGGAUUUACCAGAAAACCUCCUAAGUACGAGAGAUUCAUUAGACCAAUGGGCUUGAGAUUUAAGAAGGCACAUGUAACACAUCCUGAGCUGAAGGCCACCUUCUGUCUCCCCAUCAUCGGUGUGAAGAAGAACCCAACCUCUCCCCUCUACACCUCCCUGGGAGUCAUCACUAAAGGCACAGUCAUAGAAGUUAAUGUGUCCGAAUUGGGCCUGGUCACACAAGGAGGAAAAGUCAUCUGGGGUAAAUAUGCUCAGGUUACCAACAACCCAGAAAAUGAUGGCUGCAUCAAUGCUGUGCUGUUGGUAUGAGAAGUGCUUGUUGUGGGAUAUGCAGAGGAAAACAACAACUACAGAAGGAUAUGUACUUGUAAAUGAUGUUCCUGUAGUUCUGACAAAAUGCGUUGUGACCAUCCCUGGGCUUCUCCUCAGAAAAAUAGAGGAAGUUUGUGCUCAUGAGGAGGAGCUGAGGUCAUAACCAUGUGUUUCAACGCCAUUAUUCUAUCCUUUACAGUAUUUCUAGAUCACUCACCAACAUCCUUUGUCUGAUGUUGUUUACAAAAGUUAUUUACGGGGAUAACAUACAUAUACAACAUGUAAUUGUUUUCACUGAAAGUGAUGUCUGAAGUUAUUUUGAAGGCUAUAGUGUGCAAACUAUUGAGUAUCUGUAAGACACCUUCAGCCACCAGUAUGUUUAACUGAAGAGUAUGAAGAGGAGGGGUGCUUCUACCAGCCUCUAGAUAUUGUAAAUAAAGGAUAUAUCAGACUUCA